CCGUCAUGAUGGAGAUCUUCCGCCAGUCGUCCAGACCAGCAGCUUUCGUGAUGGGCGGCUGCCUGAACUGGGCAGGACUCUUUGCCCUGGGGAUCACCUUCCCAUUUGCUGUGGAAAGCCUGGGUCCUUUCUGCUUCCUCAUAUUCACGGCCGUCCUCCUGGGCACCAGCCUGUUCUUCUACCUCUUCCUCCCAGAAACGAAAGGGAAAUCCAUUGCAGAAAUCACAGAGGAGUUUGAGGGAUUCCAGAGCAUCCCUUUUGGAAAGAAGCUCCCUGCCUUUCUUGGGAGGGGGUUGCAGGAGGACCAGUCCGUCUACUCCAGCUUCUGAGUGAGCCAGCCUUAGGGCUGCAAGAAGAGCAGAUCCCCCCAAUGGGCACCGGAAUCGGAAGGAGGAGUUGUGGUCCAGGUGGCAGCCUGUGAUCUGUCCCUGCAUGUGCUCCCACUCCUUCUCCCCUUUCAGGACUGGGGUUCAGCUGGCCUUCUGUACCCCUGGACGUGCUCCUGCAGCCAUUCCUCCCUCCCUCCCUCCCACCACAUUCUCGGCCCACCCAAAAAGCCCUCUGGCUUGGAAACAUGCCCAUGCUCUGGAGUGGCCGCCGUUCGGCACCCUUCCACAACGGUGGUUCCUUCCUACAGAAAUGUGAGGCGUGCGAGGUUUUGGGGUGCUUUGGACCCUCUGCUAGAGAACACAUCUAACCACCCUGAACCACAGCACAGAAUUCUGAGCACCUCACCAAACUCAGCUCCCUGGACCGCUUGGUGUGGAGAAAGGACAUUUCAAGGGGUGCCACAGGGAAGCAUUUGCACUCUGUGGCUAUGCCGUCGCUGGAAAGUUUGUUUUUGGCAGACUGCAAACCAGCCCCCAGCUUCCAAAGGGAGACCGGGAGUAGUGGUGGAAAAUGGCCUUACCCAUCUGCAUUGAUGCUCUCUGGGUCUCUCAUGGUUCCCCCAGAAGUGAGCCAAAUAAUGGUGCUUAUCCAGACUGCAUCCAGAGACAAGCAUGGCUGCUACACCCGUGGACUGUCUGUGCCAGCUUAUGCCCAUCCAGCCCGAGCAAGGACAAGGAAAAAGCUCCAAAAGAAGAGAAGAAGGGAUGACUGGCAGGUGCAGAACCUCUUGGGAGACGGCUCGGUGGUUCCCCAGCAAGGGACGGUGGGCCAUAGCAAUGCCCCCCCCUGCAGAGUUAAUGGAUGGACCAACCCUGAAAAGUGGCAUCCCGGCAGGACUCCCCCUUCCUCCCCCUGCAUGGAUCGACCCUUAUACCCCCCCCAGCAGCAGUUCACAUGGGGUUCCACCGGGACCUCUUGCCUUACAUCCCUCAGGUCGAGCUGAUGGCAGACUUGCAGAUUCAGCUCUGGCUGUUGCAAGACUGUAGAGGGCUUGAAUUUGUUUGUCUGCUGGUACUGAGAGUUUACUAAAUGCACAGCCAGGUUCAGGACCAAAUCAAAGGGGACCAUUUUUUGCACCUGGCUUGCUUGCCCGUCCUCUGGCCCUUUAGCCCCUUGACCCCAUGUCCCAUGCUUCUCACCUCUCCUAUCGUGCCUCUUCUUCAUUGGGCAAGCCAUACGGUCCUCUGAAAGGCCACAUUUCUUGUUACUGGAAGGUAAGUGUGAAGGUAAAGCCCAGUUCUUGAGGAGCACAAGGUUCCAGGCGUCCUGGGCGCUUUCUCUUUGGAUCGCUUUGCUGCAUUUCUUGACAGUCAUUCUUUCCUCCUGUGUUCCGGAAUAGCCCACACUGUUUGGAUAAAACUAGCUCAUCUCUGUCGUAAAUCAUGUUUCUGUUAUCUUCUGCUUUAAAAUGAUUUUAUUUGCAUACCCUGAAAAUAAAGAGAAUUUGCUCUCAUUUC